AUGCAGCAACAGCAACAGCAGCAGCGGCAGCAGCAGCAGCAACAGGAGAGGCGCCUUUCAACAGAACAUGGGCAGGAGCAGCAACUGCACGCCGAGGUCCAGGGAGCGCAGCGGCAGGGUCAGCAGCUGCAGCAGUCCGCGCGCGCCAGCGCCGACACGCCCUUCAACCUCGUGCCGUGCGCCAGCGAGUGGGCCCCGCCCGGCGGCGAGGCGCUGUGCCAGGCGCUCGAGGGCGACGCGCCACCAUCAGACGACGGCGGUGCCUUCAACAUGGCAACACCAGACGAUGAGAUCGCAGGGAUUGACUCGCUUGAUGCCGACGCCCUUGCAAGCGACGGCGGCAGCGGCGCCAGCGAGGCGCCUUUCCGGCUGUGGACCCAAAAGUCGAUCGUUGCCAGCGCCCGCGACGACCUGACGCGGUUUGCGGCCAUGCAGGGGCGCAGCGGCGCGGUCGCCAUGCAGCAGGCGCAGCACGUGCAGCACGACGGCCUUGGCUGGGAGUUCACGGUGCAGCAGCAGCAGCACCAGCACCAGCACCCGCAGCACCAGCACCAGCAGCCGCAGCCGCGGCACGCGGCGGCAACAGGCUCCUGA